AAUGUCGUGAAUUCUUUGGUAAUAAUUUACCUAAAAAUGUCUGAUAAGGAGCCUCCUAUAAAGCGAUAUCGGCGGCCAGAAAAUGACGAAGAAAAGUCGUCAGAUUCGGACGAUAGCAACUAUGUCCCUUACGUUCCUGUAAAAGAACGUAAAAAGCAACAACUGUUAAAAAUCGGACGCUUAGGACAAGUGAAGGAAAGUGACCAUGGUAAGCAAGCAUCACAAAGUGAAAAUGAACUCAACGAGGAGGAGGAAGAAGAAAUGUGGGGCAGAAAGAAUAACAUUCCAUUGCUGGACCAACAUAACGAGUUGCGUAAACUUGCCGAAGCCAAAAAAGUGAGUGCUGCUGAAAGACAACUAAAAAAAGAAGAAGAAAUACUUGAUAUAGUUGCAGAGAAAAAGGCCUUGAUGGGUGUGAGCGAGUUGGCAAAAGGUAUUCAGUACAGUGAACCAAUAAAGACAAGCUGGAAACCACCAAGGUAUGUCCGAGGAAUGCCUUAUACAAGACAUGAAACCUUGAGACAAAAAUUAAGGAUAUUAGUUGAAGGUGAAGAUAUACCCCCUCCAUUAAAGUCAUUUAGAGAUAUGAAGCUGCAUGAAGGCAUUAUGGAGGGCCUUAAGCAAAAGAACAUUAAGAAACCCACCCCAAUUCAAGUUCAAGGGAUACCAACUGUACUCUCUGGUAGAGACAUGAUUGGUAUAGCUUUCACAGGUUCAGGCAAGACCUUAGUUUUUGUCUUGCCAAUAAUAAUGUUUUGCCUUGAGCAAGAAGUCAAAAUGCCCUUUAUAGCUAACGAAGGCCCAUAUGGGCUAAUCAUUUGCCCCUCCAGAGAGCUUGCUAAGCAAACAUAUGAUAUUAUUCAGUACUUUUGUGGGCAUUUAGUCAAAAAAGGCAUGCCAGAGAUUAGAAGUUGCCUCUCAAUCGGGGGUGUACCAGUGAAUGAAGCAAUUGAGACCAUACAGAGAGGAGUGCAUAUUAUGGUAGCCACACCAGGAAGACUUAUGGAUAUGCUAGAGAAGAAAAUAGUGAAAUUGACUGUAUGCAGGUACCUUUGCAUGGACGAAGCAGACAGGAUGAUUGACCUGGGAUUUGAAGAAGAUGUCAGAACCAUAUUUUCAUAUUUCAGUGGGCAGAGGCAAACUUUACUAUUUUCAGCCACUAUGCCCAAAAAGAUUCAAAAUUUUGCCAGAUCAGCUCUGGUAAAACCCAUAACUAUUAAUGUGGGAAGAGCAGGUGCAGCAUCCAUGAAUGUCACCCAAGAAGUUGAGUAUGUGAAGCAAGAAGCCAAAGUUGUCUAUCUCUUGGAAUGUUUGCAGAAAACCCCUCCACCAGUGCUCAUUUUUGCAGAGAAAAAACAAGAUGUGGAUGCAAUACAUGAGUAUUUACUCUUAAAGGGUGUAGAAGCAGUUGCCAUACAUGGAGGCAAAGACCAAGAAGAAAGAUCCAGAUCAGUGGAAGCAUUUAGGAGGCAUGAAAAAGACGUUUUGGUAGCCACUGAUGUUGCUUCCAAAGGUCUGGAUUUCCCAGACAUUCAGCAUGUUAUAAACUAUGACAUGCCCGAUGAUGUGGAGAACUAUGUGCAUAGAAUAGGUCGUACCGGAAGAUCUGAGAAUAAAGGCUUAGCCACUACGUUCAUUAAUAAAUCCAAUGAUGAAAUGGUACUGCUUGACCUAAAGCAUUUACUUAUUGAGGCCAAGCAAAAAGUACCAGAAUUCUUGCUGGAGAUCUGUCCAGAGAGUGAGAAAUAUUUACAAGUUGGAGAUGAAAGGGGUUGUGCAUAUUGUGGUGGUCUGGGGCACAGAAUCACAGACUGCCCCAAACUGGAGGCACAACAAAACAAACAGGCAUCAAAUAUUGGCAGAAGGGACUAUUUAUCAAACACUGCGGCAGACUAUUAGGUUUAUGUACAUAUAGGUGUAAAAAAGAAUAAAAAUUAGUUUUAAUAUAA